GCACGGUCCGGCCUCUCAAUCAAGCUGAGAAAAAUGCAAAUUACGGAUACUAAUUUGCAAACAAAUACGGAGAACAAAUAAAGCAAUCUCCGACUAGGUGAUAUAAAUAGGAAACUGGUUGUAUGCCGGGCUUUAGUCGAUCCAGUAUCGUGUCCACGUUCUCAUGAUGAUGCGCCAUAUUACCGUCUGUCUGGUGUCCACCGUUGUGCUACUGGCACUUUUCCAGCCCAGUGUUAUUGAUGCUGCCAGUGAACCCGUCUGCACCUAUCGCAACUUGGAGGAUGAGACCAUUUUCCUGAAGUAUCUGCCGUUGCUGAGACGCGGCGAGGACUAUGUGGACUUUGGAAAGGAGGGAAAGUGUCUCAAGCGGGCCAUUUGCACGGACACCUUCAAGACCAUCGUGGAGGAUUGCUCCAAACAAAAAAUCACAUGCGUUAACAAGGAUCGGUUCACUGGCGUCUUUCCUGGCUGCUGUCUCAAGUGUCCUUAAAGUCCUUCCAUCUAAAAUUCAAUAAAUAUUAAAAUUUAUUUUAUUAAAAUAUAUACUGUGACAUACCUUAA